CGGCAUCAUUGAUUUGUUAAACCUACAGCUAAAACUUGACAUUAUAGCAGCUAAAUCUAAACAACUUGGAUCUAGCUUGAACUACACUUCUUGUUAUUGUCAAUAUACAAUUUUUUCUUGUCGCUUGUAAAUUAGCGCAAUUUUUAAAAUACAAUGGAGGAUGAUUUUGGAAAUGCAUUUUCUUCGAACGAAGAAAUUACAUCGGAACCAGUAAAUAUGUUUGUUACGGACGAAAGCAAUGAAAGUAACGCCGGUGGGGAAUACGAACUAGCCGAUCUGGAAAUUGGCGGAGAGGAAGCUGAAGAAUUCGAUGGAGAAUUCCAAGAAGAAGCGAAGAUGAACUUAGUACUACCAGAAGACCAGCUAGUAGCAGAAAAACCUACUAUGGAGGAUUAUAUUCAGUACGAGUUGGCCGGAAAUCUAGAACGGCAAAUUAGCGGGGAUUUCCAAAGGCUAACGUAUCCUCUGAAACCGUUAAAAAUGGAGGUGUACCACGAGGAAAGCGUGACCUCCGUCCGCACCCCUUCCAUCACUACAAUGGUCACCAAACGCUCAGCCCCAGCCCCAACCGCCGAUGCUGAUGGUUCCGUCGACCAAUACAGGAAAUCUCUCAUCGCCAGAUGCACGGAGCUUCAAAGGCAGCGGCUCGCCUGUCAAAUUCGCAACAGAUUGCUGCAGUCGCAAAUCGCCAAUUACUACAAACGCAGGAAAAUGGAGUAUUGCCUCAUCGAAUACGGCAACAUGGAUGAGCUUAAGAUAACGUACAAAAACAAACUGAACGAAUUGGCCGCGUACAAUCGCAAAUCCGGCGCGCAACAGGCGAAUUUGAACAAAGAACUAGAAUUAUUGAGGUCAAUACACAGAAGCAAGGAAAACUUCGUGAACAAAACGAUGAACGAAUUGCACGAGCUGGUAACUAAAGUCGGCCACGGUUUGAUCUACGCGAAAACCGGAAAAGUCCUCACCGACAAACUGAUCGAAACCUACAUACACAGGCGAACAAUCCAAACCGCGGAUCUCUUCCAUCUGCGAUUCCAGUACAUCUCGUUAAAAGAGCAGAUAAUCGAAAAGGAGGAGAUGCUCCGCAAUGUCAGUUUCAUCACCGAGAAUUUGAGUCUGCAGAAGUACGACGUGCUGCAGGAGCUCAACAAGAACUACAAGAGCAAAAAAGAGGAGCUGAACGUGUUGCUGACGUUGGAGAAGGAAUCGCUGAACGAGAAGCAGCUGAUCGUGGCCAAUAUGAGGGAGAAACUGUCCAACCUUAACGAUGAUCUUAUCUAUCUGGUCGAUUCCCAUGAUCUAUCGACUAGACAGCUCGUCAAAUCCCGCAAGGAGGUGAAUACAAUCAAAUUGGAUCGGAACAAGUACCGUUCGAUGAUCCAAAAUCUAAAAAUCGAGUCGGGACUCAUGAUGUGUCCGGAUUUGUUGAGCGAUAUGGAGAUAUCUAUCGAGGAACAACAGCGUUUGAAGAGCACGCUGACCACUUUGGUGACCGAGUACAAAAAGGCCGUAAGGCAAACAAAGAACGUCCGAAAGGUUAUGGAAACCAUGAUUCAACAGAGAAAACAACGACUUCAUGAAAAUAUUUUGCACCGAACGAAAAUUCCAAGAACUCCCAGUCUUAAUGUAACAGUUAAGAAAAUUUAAUGAAGAAUUAGUU